AUGGCGGUGGUGGCCUCGGAGACGCCGUUCCAUGUCCUGGCCGUGGACGACAGCCUCCCGGACAGGAAGCUCAUCGAGAGGCUCCUCAAGACCUCUUCCUUCCAAGUAACCACUGUCGACUCCGGCAGCAAAGCCCUGCAGUUCUUGGGGAUCCAUGACGACGACGCCAGCACGGUCUCUGUCCACGCGCACCAGCUGGAUGUCGCGGUGAACCUAAUCAUCACGGACUACUGCAUGCCCGGCAUGACAGGGUAUGAUCUGCUCAAGAAGAUCAAGGAAUCGUCGUCUCUUAGGGAUAUCCCGGUCGUGAUCAUGUCGUCGGAGAACAUCCUUCAAGGAUCAAUAGAUCAUCUCCUGGUGUUUAUGAAGGAAAAAGGAAAUCAAAGUUAA